CCCGGAUGGAAAACGGGGGAAAGUGGCGCGCCGUCUCGUUUCCUCAGAGCGGGAGGCCGACGUCGCCGCUUCGGUGAAACCAAGAGGCUGUAACAAGCUCUUCAGCUAAUAUGGCUGAAGUAGAAGAGAGUGGAAAGCUAAAGAGAAAGUUGGAUGAAGAACCUGAUAGCAUAAGUAUCAAAUGCCUGCGUAGGGAUUCUCCUGUUGAAAAUGAUGAUAAAACUGCAAAUAAGGAUGGUGAAGAUCAAACAGGAGAUGGAAAUGCUCUUCAUCAUGAAACAGAAUCUGAAGAAGUUCCUAAAAAGAAAGCACAUUCAGAAGAUGUAGCAGCGCAUUAUAAUAAGCUUGAAGAGGUUGGAUUGGAACAACGUAGCACGAGUCGCAUCUUCUAUCUCCGAAACUUUAACAAUUGGAUAAAGAGUGUGCUAAUUGGUGAAUUCCUUGAUAAGGUACGGCAAAGAAAACAAAACAUUACAGUAUUAGACUUGGGAUGUGGUAAAGGUGGGGACUUGCUGAAGUGGAGAAAAGGCCGAAUAAGUAAACUUGUAUGUGCAGAUAUUGCUGGUGUAUCUGUACAACAGUGUGAACAGCGUUACCAAGAUAUGAGAAACCGUGGUCGCCAGAAUGAUAGAUUUUUCAGUGCAGAAUUUAUAACUGCGGAUAGCACCAAGGAACUUCUGUGUAAAAAGUACAGGGAUAGCAAUAUGUACUUUGACAUUUGCAGCUGUCAGUUUGUGUAUCAUUAUUCAUUUGAGACCUAUGAACAAGCGGAUAUGAUGCUUAAAAAUGCUUGUGAGCAACUUUCCCCUGGAGGAUACUUCAUUGGGACAACUCCAGAUAGUUACGAACUUGUAAAACGCCUUGAAGCUUCAGAAACAAAUUCAUUUGGGAAUGAAAUAUAUAAUGUAAAGUUUCAGAAAAAGGGAGAGUAUCCUUUGUUUGGUUGCAAAUAUGACUUCCACUUGGAAGGAGUGGUUGAUGUUCCAGAAUUCCUGGUUUAUUUUCCAUUGCUGGAAGACAUGGCAAAGAAGUAUAAAAUGAAACUAGUCUACAAAAAAACCUUUUGGGAAUUUUAUGAAGAAAAAGUGAAGAACAUGGAACAUAAAAUACUUCUGCAACAAAUGAAGGCAUUGGAGAAAUACCCCGCUGAUGAAGGUUCCAGAUUGGUCUCCCAAAUAAAAGAGGAUUAUGAGCAUGCAGAAAUGUUUAAGAAGGAUGGAAAAGCAAAACUACCUUUU